CACGAGGGAAGCGCGCACGCGAUGGAGCGGUUGGCAUCCGAUCUGCACGGCGUUCAAGCUCUGCGCUUCGGGGAGUUCGUGCUCAAGAGCGGCCUUGUCUCCCCGGUUUAUGUCGACUUGCGCGUCAUCGUGUCGCACCCGGUUCUGAUGAACGAGGUAGCAGAUUUCCUUUUUCAAACUGCAAAGGAUGCUGCACUCAAGUACGAUUCUGUGUGUGGUGUUCCGUAUACAGCAUUGCCAUUAGCUACAAUAAUCUGCUCAAACAACCAGAUCCCAAUGCUUAUACGGAGAAAGGAAGCCAAAGAUCAUGGUACCAAACGCCUUGUGGAGGGCACAAUAAAUUCAGGAGAAAUUUGUCUGAUCAUCGAAGAUGUGGUUACCAGUGGUUCAAGUGUCCUGGAGACAGCAGAGGUCCUUCGGAAAGAGGGGUUGAAGGUUACUGAUGCCAUAGUCCUGUUGGACAGAGAGCAAGGAGGGAAAGCCACACUGGAAAAGCAUGGGAUUCGCCUGCACUCCAUCUGUACCUUGUCUCAAAUGCUCGAGUUCCUUGAGCAGCAGAAAAAAGUUGCUCCUGAGAUGGUGAUAAGGGUGAAAAAAUUCAUUCAGGAGAAUAUUAUUAAACCUCCUGAGCAAAAUGGCACUGUUCCCAUGAAAAGAAUGUGCAAAGAAAUGAGUUUUGCUGCUCGGGCUGAGCUGCCAGGCACUCAUCCCCUUGCUGCCCGACUUCUCAGGCUCAUGGAGAAAAAGCAAUCUAACUUGUGCCUCUCUGCUGAUGUGACCACCUCCAAAGAAUUACUCCAGCUAGCUGCCACUCUGGGUCCUUCCAUCUGCAUCUUGAAAACUCACAUUGACAUUCUGGAUGAUUUCACCCAAGAAGUAAUAAAAGAGUUGAGAGUGCUGGCAGACCAGCAUGAAUUCUUGAUUUUUGAAGACCGCAAGUUUGCAGACAUUGGAAAUACCGUGAAGCAUCAGUAUGAAGGAGGUGUUUUCAAAAUAGCAUCCUGGUCGGAUAUAAUUAAUGCCCAUGCAGUUCCUGGCCCGGGAGUUGUUAAGGGACUGAAAGAAGUAGGGCAUCCUUUACACCGAGGGUGUCUCUUGAUUGGAGAAAUGAGCUCGGAAGGAUCACUGGCCACUGGUGACUAUACGAAAGCUGUGGUUAAAAUGGCUGAAGAACACUCCGAUUUUGUUCUGGGAUUUAUUUCUGGUUCCAGAAUUGUUGAAAAACCUGAAUUUCUUCACUUGACUCCAGGUGUUCAAAUGCUGGCUAGAGGUGAUCGCCUUGGGCAGAAGUACCUGAGUCCUCAAGAAGUUAUCAGUAAAAGACUUUCAGAUAUCAUCAUUGUAGGACGUGGCAUCUUGUCUUCACCAAAUCGCCUGGAUGAAGCAGAAGCUUAUAGGAAAUUAGCUUGGGAAAGUUAUUUGCAGAGGAUUGGUGUCAGUGCAAAGAAUUAAUCCAAGUAUUGCUCCCCGUUAAGCAAGCCAAUCCUAGAAGCUGGAAUGAUUGAGAAGGUAAUUCUUAGUGUCCCACCCCCCACCCCUUAUGAAUGGUUGUCUACGUGAAAAGAAAUCAGCCACUGAGACAUUUGGGAAUUGUCAUUGUGACACUUUGGGCACUGAAUUCAAGCAGCCAGAUUUCCUGUUCAGCUGUUCUUUGAAUUCUAUGCUUGAAAAAUAAAAAUGAAAGCACUCCAAA